AUGGGCAAGAAGGAAACACUGAAGUCUUACAACAACCGGUAUUGGGAGACUUUUAAUCAAAUUAGAGAUUGCCCCAAAAAUCUAGCUAUCGCACGGUACAAACAGGGGUUGCCGGCAGAUAAUAAAUUGAGGGAUUCAUUGAAAAUGAUGCCACCUCUCACAAUGGAAGCCCUAUUGGAGAGAAUGCAUCAGCACAUCAAAGUAGACGAAGAUGGCACUCAUGCCAAGGCAAAGUCUAGCACAACAGUGAUGUCGGAUAAAAAGCCCACAACAAAAGUUAACACGGUUGGCCGGAAGGAACGACCGAACAAAAAUGGUCGAGGUAGACGACCGAAUGGAGAGGACUCACAGACAAGGAGGUUGAGAGUUCACACUGCCAUCACCAUGGUGUUCAAUAAACCUAUCUACUGGAUUCUCAGCGAGAUACACGACGAACCCUACAUUUGGCAACCGGCCAAGUUAGGAGAAGCGCAGAGGGGCUAUGAUAAUAAAUAUCGGUGUACCUUUCACGAUGAGGUAGGGCACCAAACUGAAAAUUGUACACUGCUAAGGCAGCACUUGGAAGAGUUAGUGGUCGCAGGCCACUUGGAUCAGUACAUUGAAGGGGGAGCUCAGCCAGCCCCCCAGGACCGCAAUGAGUCCGAUGGGAUGCCAGCUAAAGGUCCGCCUCAAGGCGUAAUCAAUGUAAUACAUGGGAUCAUCGAGCCAGAGCAGGUCUGCGAGCUUAGAGAAAUGAUCAAGAAGGCAAAACACCUAAAGGAAGUACUGAGUGUACAGCCCACCGUAAAAACAAGGAAGACAGAAGUGACUAACAUCAUCACUUUCUCUAACAAGGACUUGGCAAGAUUGCAAAACCCCCACAAUGACGGGCUAAUAAUUACAUUACGCAUGAAGAAUUUUGAUAUCAAGUGGAUCUUGAUAGACCAAGGAAGCUCGUGCAAGAUAAUGUAUUAUGAGACAUCAAGAAACUCAAGUCAGAAGACAAAGAUUAGCACUCGCUACAUCUCCCUUAGUCGGCUUCACCUUAAUGCCGGAAUGGCCAGUUGGCAAGAUAAUUCUACCAGUUAA